ACUCAUUUUAGCGUUCGACCCUCAAAUCCUUUCUAAAAAUAACUGUCUGGCCAUCACUGAUGUUCUGCUAUGGUGCUACCCAAAAUGGCUUCUUACACCGCAAAUUCGGCGAAGCCUUCACCUUAUCUUCAUCAUCUCCAGAUUAUUCCACCUCUCAAUUUCUCUUCCCCUGUGGGGGAGUUUAUACAAUAUGGGAAAAUCCAAGGAAGAGGGCAAGAUAGAGAAGAUAAUUCGUGGAUUAUUGAAACUCCCAGAAAAUCGACGAUGCAUCAAUUGCAACAGCUUGGGACCACAAUAUGUUUGCACGAAUUUCUGGACAUAUGUGUGUACAAAUUGUUGUGGUGUGCACCGAGAGUUCACUCAUCGUGUGAAAUCUGUAUCGAUGGCCAAAUUCUCCAUGGAAGAAGUUAGUGCUCUUCAAGCAGGAGGAAAUGAGAAAGCAAGGCAGAUUUAUUUCAAAACAUGGAAUCCACACCGUGAUGUUUUCCCAGAAAAUAGUAAUAUUCAUAAAAUUCGUGAUUUUAUCAAGCAUGUCUAUGUGGAUAGAAAGUUUACUGUUGAGACUCAACCUGCUUUGGUUCAAAGGUCACCCAAUAGUGGACUGCACGAGCCUUUUGAACACAAUGGAGCACAUAACGGUGAAAAUUCUACUUUCCACGGAAAAACUAUUAACAGUUAUAGUAGAUAUUCAUACGACGAAGGCAGAAGUCCGCAGUACUCAAAGGAAAACUCAACAUAUGGCCGUCAUCGGGCUAUUUCUCCACAUUCUGAGGGAGAAAACUCCAGAUAUAGGGGUUCCAGGGAAGAUGCUUCUCAUUUUGAAUAUACAGAUGGUCGUUAUCAAGUGGAUGACACUAGAAUUUCCGGGCGGGCUGCCACCCAGAUGUUUACCACUGAAGACAUUAGGCCCAGAAGGAGGUGUCCUGAUCGUCAGCAGAGUAGUGAUGUGAAGAAUCCUACUGUAUAUCAUGUGAAGGAGAUCCUUGGAGAAAACUCUCAUGCUUUACGUGUUGCUAAUCGGCCUAAAUUUGCUGAUAGGAGACGUGAUAAAGCUACUGCAAAUGCUCAACAGGAACGUGAUCAUCAUAAAGAUAGGAACAGAAGUGGUGAUCAUGAUGAAACAGCUCAUCAAAGAACUGUUUCGGCCUAUGCUCAGGAAAAUGCCGUGUCAAGUCUAUCUUCAAGCAAUCUAUCAGCCGGGCGUCAUAUAUCAGCACCAUCCACAAGUGCAGAUCAAGCAAUAACUGAUAAACGUGCUUCAUCUUCAGUUGUUGCUGGUACCACAUCAAAUACUUUAUCCACGUCAACUGAUGCAGAUAUUCCAAAAGUGGCUACUUCUCAGAUGGUGCCAGUCCUGCCAGAUCUACUUGGUGAUGAUGGUGUGUUUGCUACUGAACAAAUUGGCAGAGAGCAGUCUCCAAGUACCCAGGAUCUUGGGCAUUUGAAUAACCUUAUUUGGGAUACUUGCUCCACUUCUAUUCAAACCAGUUGUUUGAAUGAAGUUGCAAAUAAUCAGCCAACAACUUUAUCCCCAGCAUCGUCUCAGCCUCCUCAAGGUCCAACCGGAGAAACGCAACUAUUAAUCGGAGUGCAGCCUUCUCUUGCAGACACAAAUGCUGGUGGAAGAAAAGAGCUUCCUGCAGACCUUUUUGCUUCUCCUUACCAAUUAAGUUCAGUGACAGCCGCAGGGAGGCCAGCCGGUUCGAAUUAUGGUGCGGGAUUUAGCAUGCAUUAUUACCCUCUUCAGAUGCAAGUACUGCCAUCUCAAAAUGUGGCCAAGUCAAGCAACCCGUUUGACACGAAUGACAACACUGCUCAACCUCAUAUGUUCAACACGUUUGCCUCAACGGGAUUCCCGCAAGGAGGAUCGGGUCACAUGUUCAUUCCAUCAGGCAUGUCACAUACCUCAAGUUUUGAAUCACACCUUUCGGGUUCUGCAUCAACUGGUUCACCUAUUUAUUUGUCUAAUGUGCAUCAUCAAUCACCAAAUGUUCCAGCUGGUUCUUCACAAAGUGCAUAUAUGGAGCAAUCUUCUUUCCAAAACAAGCUGCCAACCAGCAUACAAGGAACAAGUGGUUUUGGGAGUGAAGUUGAAUCAACAGCAUUGUUAUAUUCAAAUCAACAGAUUCCAUAUAGAUAUCCAGACCAGAGUUCAUUUUCUAUGGGUGCAGGAAAUCCAUUUGGGUAAAUGAUGAGCCGAAAGCAUGUCAGAUUACAAUAUUUUCUAAUCGCUCAAACCAGAAUGCAAGUAUGGUUGAAGAUUGUGAUGUAAUUGAAUUAAUACGUUUCGACUUAUUGAUGAUCAAACCAAGGAAUGUAAGCCAGCAAGUGACGGUGGAACGGUUUAACGACGAGCAAGAAUCAGCUGUGAAAAAUGCGAAAGCAGAUAUCUGUAAAUCCCAUUUUGGUUAUCUGUUAUGUAUUUGACAUGAUACUUAUAAGCUUGUACAAAUGCUCUUUCUAGUGAAUUUUUUAACCUUUAAUAAAGCAACAACCUCUUGUUUCUGGUUAA